AUGGAUUUAGGAGGAUGGGCAUUUGCUCUUCACAGUAAAUACGGGGACACCUUUGAAAUUUAUUUCGGACCGAUACGCGUUAUAAUAAUGGGUACUCCUGAGGCUUUAGAAAAAUUUUAUAAUCCAUCCAUGGAAAAUAAAUUUUCAGGUCGCCCGAAAAUGAACGGGUUUUCCGAACUAAAGUUAGACAAUGGCAUAUUUUUUAAUAAUAAUUUAAAAUCUCGGAGACGCAAUCGAAGACUAGUUUCUCAGGCUUUAUUAUCCGCGAAAUUCUUGCAUGGAUUCAUCAGCAACACUCAGGAUCUAUUUAUCCAGGCCGAGCGUUAUUGGACCUUUGGAACGGUCGUUGAUCUUGCUUCGUGGUCCAAACAUUUUUUAUUUGAUAUCAUAGUUUCUAAUUCCACCGGGAGGAAGAGUAACUAUGUUUUGGCAUACAACACGCCGAAAUCUGAGUAUACACCAGACAUGAUUAAGUCUAAUGAAUUCCAUGACCUCACGAAAACUUGGUUGGAUUCCUUUCCAUUCUUUUUGAUGCUGCCUAAAUUUUUAAGAGUCUAUGUUCCUGGAAUAAAUUCCUUAAACAAAUAUUAUCUCAAAAGUGCCGAACGAUUAGACAACGAAAUUCUCACAGAGAUUACAAAACAUCGUAAACAGCUGGAAAACCUCUCCGAAAGUCAGACAGGGAAGCCCAGUUUGUUAGACAUGUUGCUCACUUUUAAUGCAAGGAAUCCUGAUGACUGUGUAGUACCUGAUGACUACAUAGAAAGUGCAAAACCCAGUGGAUAUGAGGAAGAGCCAAUGAAGGAUAGAGAAAUAUGUGAUAGCGCUUUGGACAUUAUACUUGCCGGCACAGAUUCGACUGCGGAUUCAUUAUGCAAUUUCAUCUAUAAUAUGGCCAAUAAUCCCCAAUGUAAAAAACGCCUAAUAGAAGAAAUCGAUUCCGUCUUCGCUGACGACAUGACCCGUCCCGUUAAAUAUGAUGAUCUUAAGAAACUUGUUUAUAUGGAUGCGGCCAUUAAAGAAUCCUUACGCUUCUCUCCUGUUGUUCCUCUGGUCAUGCGAUCGGUUUCUGACACGGAUACACUAUUGGGAUAUGAAUGGCGAGCCGGAGAAAUUUUCUUCGUAUCUCAUUACGGUCUGCUGAACAAUAAAAACGUUUGGAGUGAUCCCCGUAAAUUUAAUCCGGAUAGAUUUCUCGAAGGUCUAAAUGCAAAUGAGAAAAGGUGUUACAUUCCUUUUGGUAACGGGGAUAGGAUGUGUCCCGGAAGGCACAUGGCGAUAACAGAGAUUAAAACCUUGAUAGCAUUACUAUUUAGAAAGUAUGACAUCGAAUUGGUUGACAAGAACGCGCCGCUUGAUUAUACGUACAAGGGCACUUUCUUUUGCAACAAACUUUUGGUAAAGUUAAACGAAAGAAGAUUCGAAAAAUGA